AUGCCUUUGUUGCAGCUGGAUGACGAGGUUUUCUACUGGGCGUUGUUGCCUGUAUUCCUGAUCACUUUGUGCAGUGCCAUAAUUCGGCAAGCACUGAACAUGUUGUCGGUGUUAGAGAGUGGAGCGUCGGGUGUUCCCGUGAUGCUCCAAAACUUCGGUGAAGUUCAUGGCAGCAACGUGGUUUCGGUCUCUCGAAUGACUAGAGCCGCUGGCAAGGCACUUGCGCCUGCCUCACUGUCGCAACGGAAGGCGUACUACAUAGGACUCGACGAUGAUGGCAAACUAUUUAGACCCCCGCAGUCAAGUGCACCCGAGCAGCCCGCAAUGCCCAAAAUGGACCCGACACAAAUGCUCGGUGGCAUGAAGUACAAGUUUAUCAGCCUCAUUUUGGACGCCGGCCUUGCCUACCUUAUCAAUUACCUCUUUUCGGAAUGUGUGGUCGCCAAAAUGCCUUUCCCUCUCGCAGACUCAUUCAAACCCAUACUUCAAAGAGGCGUACUCGUACAGGACCUAGACGCGGGCUACAUCAGCGCCCUUAGCUGGUACUUCUUAAUUCUGUUUUCAAGCGGGAGCUACACCCACAUCUUGAACUACAUCACCGGACUCUCGACCACGGGCCCCAGCAUAUUGGAAACCAUGAACCCUAUGAUGGCCAUGGGAGCGGCCAAUCCCAUGCCGAUGGGGCAAUUCGACAGCGCGAAGCAGUUCCAGCAGGAAGCUGACCACUGGAAGCUUUUGGGCUCACAAGACAUCUUUUUAGAAAACGUUGAGCAAAUUGCCUUGUCCGCUCUGCACGGCAGAUCGUAA